AUGGCUGUUCUUUGGAAUGUUUCACUUAGAAAAGCUGUUGCCAUUGAUGUGCCUAAUGUUGCAUAUCAGAAAUAUAGAACAAUUCUAGGUUUUGGGGUUUGUGAUGAGACUUGUGAUCCUAAGAUCGUCAAGAUUAUAUAUAUUAAUAGUCAGAGGGAUAUUGAAAGUACAUCCGAUAGCAUCCCUUGGCAAGUUGAGGUGUUUACAUUAAGCACCAGGGCUUGGAGAAGUCCAUAUAGCAGCAAUCUCCCACGUAAAUCAAUUGAAUUUCGCUUGGAGCAGGUAUUUGUUGAUCAGUUUCUUUACUGGUGUGCUACUGAUAGGGUUACUAUAGAUGGUGGAAUUCAGUCAUACAAUGUGAUUAUUUCAUUUGAUAUAACAAGUGAAAAAUUUAGAGAAAUCAACCUCCCGGAUGCUUUAGCACACCACCAACCUUAUAAGUUGUCCAUAUCUAAACUAAAGGAGUCUCUUGUUGUGGUUCAAAGCUGUGGAGAGAUCAAUGAUGGUGUUUUCCGUGUAUGGAUGAUGGAGGAUGGCGUUCCAAAAUCGUUUACAAAGAUAUUCACUGUUUGCACACCAGGUACAAAAGUUCUAUCAGUACCGGAAUUUAGGAAGAGUGGUGAACCUAUAAUUCAAACUGUAGAUGAUUCUUGUGGCGCACAUGAAUAUGUUACUUCACUUUCUGUUUGUGAACCCCGCUCAAAACUCAUCAGUGAUCUUGGUAUUAGUGGAUGGUUGUGUUCGUUUUCUGUGUAUUCUUACAUGGAAACAUUACUUCUGCUUGAUCAACCAGAUCUUACAACUAAUGACAUUUGA